UUCAAAGCCAACAGCAAAUAGUUGUUCCAUCAUCUGGAUCAGCUACUGUCGAUAUUGAAGUGGCUGCAUACACCCAAUCCCCAAACCAAUACUCAUAUUGUGCUAUUCGUAUCACAGUCACAGCUUUCCAGAUAGCAUGUGCCAACAAUGUCCCUGUGUAUGGUACGCCUGGUUCUAUUGUCUCAGUGACUUUACCACAACCAACCAUUUCUGAGGGGAUCACUGAUGUGGCAUUCUACUUUCUGGAUCAAGACGAUCAGCAAAAAUCUAUCAGUAACGACCAUUACCAAGUAACAGCGCCUAUGGCUGGAUCCCAGACUGUGGAUGUCAACGUGAUCACAAAUGCACCUAUGAUCCCACAACGCAGUUGCACUGUUCCUAUCACAAUCACCGCUUUUGAGAUCACAUGUGUCACUAAUGAUCCUGUGGUUGAUACGCCUGGUUCUGAUGUAUCUGUGCCCAUAUCACUACCAACCAUUCCUGCUGGAGUCACUGAUGUGACAUUCAACUUCAGGGAUCCUGAGAAUAACAGUUUGAAGCCACUUACAUCAAGCACCCAGUACCAAGCAACCAUUCCUAUGUCUGGAUCAACUACUGUAAACAUUCCAGUGUUUGCCUAUAGACCUUCAAGCCAACAACUAGCUUGCACCAUUCCCAUCACACUCAGAGGUCUGCCAUAUUUAAGCCAGAAACCCAGUGUAACAGUUUCAUCUACGUCAGCUACCAUCAGCUGGCAGGCAUGGGGUUCCAACGCUAUGGAUAGAGGAGACGGGCCAGUCAUUGCAUACAAAGUCUACUACUCCCUUGCAUCCUCAGUGUCAUGGACUGUUGCUGAGACCGUGUCUGUGACAAACUCAUCACAGGCUCUGUAUAGCUCCACUGUUCAACCAUUGAACCGAAAUACUGAAUACAUGUUCAGUGUGGCGGCCGUGUUACAGGAGCAAGGAGGAGAAGGGCCAAUGAGUCCAGUAACAAUUAAUGUGACUUCAAAUGAACCUGAACCAACUACCCUGAGUCCUACAACCACAGCAUCAACGAUCGCUGAAUCAGGCUCACCAGUAGAACCAUCCAGAAGUACCAGAGCGAGUUCAACAGUUGCACCAAAUCCCACACCUGCAUCUGAUAGCAUAGUGACCAUUGUCGUGGUUGCUGUGCUAGCCAUUCUGGUGAUUGUAGUGUUGAUUCUGGUCGUACUGCUGGUCAGACACUAUCGAAGAAGACGGUCUAGAGAAGUUUCCGUAGAUGGCUUAAAAGGGAAGUUUGGAAGCAGUGAUCACCUAUCCAGUCUGGAGGCUAUAGACAACCCAGUCUCCAUCCCCUUGGAGGAUGUCAACUCCAAUGGCGACGUGUCCCCAGAACCCACCGCCACUACCACCACACCCACCACCAUCGAUAAGGCACGGCCAAAGUCUGGCACCAGUCUGAUCUCCAUGCUGGACAGCAGCUCUGCGUUUGCUGGCCUGCCUCUCUACCCUCCCCCUGAGAGGGAACUGAAGAAAGAUCCCAUCCCGUUGAAGGAGUUCGUGGCAUAUAUGCGCCGGGCCAUGCAGGGUCCGCAACUUGGAGAGGAAUGGAGUUCCUUCCCUGGAAUAGAGGCAAUAUGCUCCUGUGAUGUGUCCCAGCUACCAGACAACAAGCUGAAGAACCGCUAUCGGAAUAUUCCAGCAUAUGACCAUUGUCGUGUGAUCCUGGAUCAUGAUGAAGACGAUGAGAACUUGGGAUACAUCAAUGCAUGCUACAUCAAGGGCUACAAGAAUGACAAAGCCUACAUAGCUACUCAAGGGCCCAAUCAGGCCACCUCUCAUGACUUCUGGAAGAUGGCCUGGCAGGAGAAUGUGCGCAUCAUUGUCAAUGGUACAAACCUGGUGGAGGAUGGAAAGAAUAAAUGUGCCAAGUAUUGGCCAGAUGUUGGGAAGGCAGAAACUCUGGGUGGCAUUUUAAUCAGUGCAGUUAGUGAGGAGACUAGAGGAGAGUACACAGUCAGAAAAAUGACAAUUUCCAAGGUGGGUGACAAGGAGUCUUCACCCAGGAAGAUCACGCAGUUUCACUACACCAACUGGCCUGACAAGGAUGUCCCUAAGGAUGUGACGCCGGUCUUGAAGUUUGUCAAAGAGUUCUCUGAGGCAACGCCCAAAGAUGCUGGACCUUAUCUCAUCCACUGCAGUGCUGGAGUUGGCAGGACCGGUGUUAUCAUUGGCAUACAUGCCUCGCUGCAACGAGCCCGGGCAGAGAAAACUCUGGACGUCUACAACUUUGUGGCUGACAUGAGGGAUCAUCGGGUCAGCAUUGUGCAGACACCGGUCCAGUAUACGUUCAUCCAUCUUGCCUUGUUGGAAGCUCUGUUCUCAGACGACACCGCUGUGCCUGCAGCUUUACUUGGGAAGAGGGUAACCGAGCUUAAGAAGAAGAAGAAGUUGGCUGAAGAAUUUGAGCAACUGAACACCAUCACCCCGAUUCCAAGUCGAGAAAAAUGUCGCAAGAGCAUGGCUCACACCAACCAGAGCAAGAACAGAUUCCCACACACGCUUACUCUUGAAGGCUGUCGGCCUUUUUUGAUGACGCCCAGAGAAGAUGGGAUGGAGUACAACUACAUCAAUGCCUCAUCUGUGGAUGGCUUUAAGCAGAGUGAUUUUGCCGUGGUAACCCAGGCUCCACUGCCAAACACCGUAUUGGACCUGUGGCGAUUGGUUUACGACUACCAGAUCUCCAGCAUAAUAAUGCUCAAUGCGCCUGACCCUGAUGAUACUAGUUGUCCGCAGUACUGGCCAGACAAAGGCAGUGAUGAGUACGGUCCGUUCACCGUAACCACCACCAACACAGCAGACCUGGAGGGAUACAGGAUCAAGCAGAUGAAGCUGGAACAUCGCCGACAGAAGAGGUCACACUAUUUCAAGCACUACCAAGUCACUGACUGGCCGCUGGGUCAGGAGGUACCUAAAUCCCCCAGCGCCUUGCUUCGUCUCAUCCAGACUGUGGACAAACACAAGCCAAAGGACAAACGCUCAGCCAGUCUUGUCCACUGCAUAGAUGGCCUGAAUCGCAGCGGCGUGUUCUGCGUACUCAAGAACUCCCUGGACAGGCUGCACGAAGAGGACGUGGUGGACAUCUUACAGACUACUAAAGUCCUGCGCUUGAAUCGUCCUAACUUACUCAAUAGCCUGGACAUGUACCGGUUCUGCUACGAGGCCAUGCUGGCCUAUGUGAACAACCCAGAGGAGUUCAAGGCGGAGGCGAUUCCGGAACCAGUCUAUGAAAACACGCCCAGGGACAUGGAGAAGGACAAGCCCAAAGAGAGCAUAUACCAGAAUCUGGAGCCGAAAAGCAGCGAGACCCCUGAAACUUGAAAGGUGCAGAGCCAGCGGG